GACUAAAGUGUUAAUUAGGACCUAGACCCUACAGAUUUGGGCAUAAACCGUCCUUUGUUAUGGGACGUGUUCUACUUGGUAUCUCUAGAACCGCGGUCUUUGGCAGAUGGAUCAGAUUAUAUCUUUUUGACACUUGUAUUUAUAUAUGUUAUAUGUUAUUGGCUUCUCCUUCCCCAUUGGCCAUCGAACACACCACACAGAGAAAACAAUAUGAGCAAUCAUCAAACUGUGUUGAAGCUAUUGGAGCCAUGGUGUGAACUUAAAGACAAAGUGGUUCUUGUGACAGGAGCUUCCUCUGGUAUUGGAAGAGAGAUCUGUCUUGAUCUUGCCAAAGCUGGUUGCCAGGUUAUUGCAGCAGCUCGUCGUGUUGAUCGACUCAACUCUCUCUGCUCUGAAAUCAACAGCUUCAGUUCAACUGGAAUCCAAGCCGCAGCUCUUGAGUUAGACGUUUCAUCAGACGCAGCCACCAUUCAAAAAGCGGUCAGGGAAGCUUGGGACAUCUUUGGAAAGAUCGAUGCAUUGAUCAACAAUGCUGGAAUCAGAGGCAAUGUCAAGUCGAGUUUGGAUUUGUCAGAGGACGAAUGGGACAACGUCUUCAAGACCAACUUAAAGGGUCCUUGGUUAGUAUCCAAACAUGUUUGUAUGUUAAUGCGUGACGCUAAACGAGGUGGCUCGGUGAUAAACAUCUCAUCGAUCGCCGGGAUCCGGGGUAUGUUGCCCGGUGGACUUGCUUAUGCUUGUUCCAAAGGCGGUGUUGACACCAUGUCAAGGAUGAUGGCACUUGAGUUAGGUGUUCAUAAGAUCAGAGUGAACUCGAUCGCACCGGGGCUUUUCAAGUCAGAGAUCACACAAGGUCUUAUGCAAAAGGAGUGGCUCAAGAAUGUUACCGAGAGGACUGUGCCGUUAAAGGUGCAACAGACCGUUGAUCCAGGGCUUACUUCUCUGGUUCGCUAUCUCAUUCAUGACUCUUCUCAAUAUAUAUCCGGGAAUACAUACAUUGUUGAUUCCGGUGCUACAUUGCCCGGUGUGCCUAUCUUUUCAUCUCUCUGAAAAUCGAACCUUAUAAUAUCUUAUCUUGUGCAAUAAUAAGUGAAUACAUUUACUCAUUCUCUACUACUUUUUAAGAUUUACAUACAUCGUCAAAAAUUUGCAAUAACAAACCAG